AGCAUUUGUUGCGUACGGGUUGAGAGAUUUUAUUGCAUUUGCUUACUGGAGGUGUAUUUUGCAGAAUUUAUCCAUUUUACUAGUAAGUUUAUUAAACAAAAAUUGCUAAGCCUGCCGUGGUGCAGCGGCCAGCACAUUACCAGAGAAGAGACACAGCAUAACCAUAUUAUGAACGAUAUUGAAGUGGAAAUUACAACACGUGUUAAAGGCCUACACAAGAAGAGACGAGGAGGUGGAGGAGGAGAAACGGACAGCAGUGACAACUGGGUUGUCGUAGAUGUGCACACCGUACCCAUAAAGAUGCAGAGCGACAAUGAAAGCAUAUGCCUCACGGAUGAUGAGACCAUAUACGAAGAAGACGAGGAUGUGUUCCUCCAAUCGGAGACAUCCGAUCAACCAGUUAGCCCCCCUUUAAUAUCAUCACCAAUUUGUAUACCCUCAUCAUCACCUACGCAUUCCACGCAGUCUGCACCAAGUCCAUCACACAUACAUAUUCCCACACAAUGUAGGACAUAUUCAACGCCCGUCCAACGGGCAUCGCCUGUACACACUAUAACAAACUGGGACAUUGGUUCACCCAUGUCUUCCGGGUAUGGAUCAGCUCCACACGGACUAUUAACAACCUCAACACAAACUCCGCCGACGAGUCCAUCGUUCUAUAUUAGAACGCAUGUUACUAUACGAAUGAACAAUGCUAGUGGAUAUGGUUACAUGGCAAGGCGUAGACUUUUAGCACAAGAACGUCGGGGCCGGUACCGUUCUGAGGGCGAUGCGCCCAUGGAAGAUGAUGCCCUACCUCUACCGGAUGUGGUGACGUUCAGGGAUCGAGCAAACUCAGCACCUACACGGUCAUCAAGCAUGAGAGCCGUGGGUCGGGAGUUGAGAAGGAUCUCCGAUGAAAUCCAAAUGUCUUUCGAAACAUUGCAGAGGCUGGAUGCAGCAGCUGGAGAACAGAGUAUUUUGAUGAGGAUGUUUAACAGUUUCCGUCGACUUCGUCCACCGAGUGUACCAGAGCACGAUGACUCAUCUUAAAAAAAACUUUUCCAUAUUUUGGCGCAACUGAAAUCUAGAAUGAAGAAGUGUUGAAGCAAUGCUGCUGUUUCGACUUACUUGUAUUAAGACAUUCCGCAGGGGCGCCAUUUGACUUACUUUUUUUAAGACAUUCCGCGAGGGUGCUGCAGUUUGGAAACAAGGCAAAGGAAGAAAAAGGAGCAGCCUAACAGAAAAGCUGCUGUAGUGAAAAACUACUGUAACAUACUAUUAGGUUCCACAGUAACCUGUCAAAUACUGUAUUAUAUUAAACAGUGUCCAGUUUACUGAAUCACUCAUAAACAUGUAUGACUUAUAUACAGUAAAUAUGUUUUGUGUUUGUAUACACACAUCAUACUGUAAACCAAUACUGUUCAUUUGGAGCUGAACAGAAAUAACUUGGUAUAACAGAUUUUCUCAAAGACUGCCCCAUCAAAUGCACAAAUUUGUAGUAAACUUAAAUGAUCAACGGUCUACAAGUGAGUAAGUUAUACACAAUAUCACAGCAAAGAUCACAGGAUGUUUUUUUUUCAACAGAGGUUUAAAGAUGUAUGCAGGACUUGCAUUUAAUUGUGUUGUGAGCUGGUGAUUUGAACUAUGUCCACCUGAAUUGGAGUGAUCUUACAGCAUCCCUCAAAUUGGAUGUAGCCCAGAGCUUAGCAUUGAUAUGCAAUUACCAUAUUUGUAUUUUAAAUAACUGCAUUAUUUUUAAGUUUUUACAAAAAAAAAAAUAAUUUUAUUGAUAUCUGUCUGUCAACUUUGGAACAGAACUUUGGAGCAAUACAUUCCAAAAUCAAAAUUAAUCACUAUCAGUUUUUGUGUUAUGAAUGAUUUUAGUUGUUUAUAUUAAAUUGUCUAAUUAUGCAAUAUAAUACCCAUUAGAGA